CGGCUGCCCCGCCUGCAGGUGAGCAGUGGUGUGUGAGAGCCAGCCCUGUCCUUCCGCCUGCCCACUUAGCGGCCGCUCCCUGGAGCUGUUCUGUCCCCUCCGGAGCCUUGGCUGUUCCCUCUUCCAGAACUCGAGCUACCAAGAGCCCUAAACAGGAGCCACCAUGCAGUGCUUCAACUUCAUUAAGACCAUGAUGAUCCUCUUCAACUUGCUCAUCUUUCUCUGUGGUGUGGCCCUGCUGGCUGUGGGCAUCUGGGUGUCAGUCGAUGGACCAUCCUUCCUGAAGAUCUUUGGGCCGCUGUCAUCCAGUGCCAUGCAGUUCGUCAACGUGGGCUACUUCCUCAUUGCGGCUGGCAUUGUGCUCCUGUCUCUCGGUUUCCUGGGCUGCUAUGGUGCUCAGUCUGAGAACAAGUGUGCCCUCAUGACGUUCUUCUUCAUCCUCCUCCUCAUCUUCAUCGCGGAGGUUGCAGCUGCUGUGGUCGCUCUGGUAUACACCACAAUGGCUGAGAACUUCCUGACAUUGCUGGUAGUGCCCGCCAUCAAGAAAAACUAUGGUUCCCAGGUGGAAUUCACCCAAGUGUGGAACUCCACCAUGAACGGGCUCAAGUGCUGUGGCUUCAACAACUACACGGAUUUUGAGGGCUCCCCUUCCUUUACCAAGAGCCAUGCUUUUCCCCCAUACUGUUGCAUCAACAAUGCCAAUGGCACAGCCAAUGAGACCUGCACCCAGAAGAAGGCCGAGUAUGCUGCUGUGCAGGGUUGCUUCAAUCAGCUUCUGCAUGACGUCCGAACCAAUGCAGUCACCGUAGGUGGUGUGGCAGCUGGAAUUGGGGGCCUAGAGCUGGCUGCCAUGAUUGUGUCCAUGUAUCUGUACUGCAAUCUGAAAUAGGUCUACUUCUGCCUCCACCACUGCUGCUGCCAAAUGGAGACAGGGAAGAGGCACCCUGGCACUGCCAAGCAGCAGUGAUUGGGGUGGGGGCAGGAUAUAAUUAUCACCUAGGUUGGGGCAGCCCAGCCUUGCUGUUUAGGACCUGGGGCUAAAGACCACCCUCUUCAGGCCGUUCCUGAGUUUUCCUUUAAUUGGUGGGGUUGGGGCCCACCUGUCCAGAGCCUCUAAUGUACACAGUCCUCCUACCCAUUCCCCCAGUCUACUUCUGUAACCCCUGACACCCCCUCAAGCCAAGGAAGGCUCUUGGUGAUCCCAGUACUCUACUGGCGGAUGAGAGAAGAGGGUCCUAUAGCUUGGGCAUGUGCAAAAUUAGCAGAGCCACUGGGCCGAUGUGUAGAAGGGACUUCAGAAUUUAUAAACCAAUUAAAAUGUUUCCAUUUGGA